ACUCCUUUCCUGGCUAAACCGGCGGGUGGGCCCGACGGGGCUGAGCUUCCUCCACAGCACCACAGAAUCCCAGGACUCUUUGGGCUGGGGGGGACCUCAGCAAUCACAAUGCCUCCCCCCAGCCCAGGCUGCCCAAAGCCCACCCAGCCUGGCCAUGAGCAGCGCCAGGGAGGGGGCACCGCAGCCUGCGCCAGGGCCUCACCGCCCUGGGCGUGAAGGAUAGAAAUCCCUCCCUGACCGAAAGAAACCUGCCCUCUUUUAGGUUAUAGCUGUCACCCCUUGUCCUGUCGCUGCACUCCCUGAUGAAGAUCCCCCCCAGCUUUCCUGGAGGCCCCUUUGGGCACUGGGAGGCCACAGCGAGGUCCCCCCGCAGCCUUCUCCAGGCACCACAAGCCCAGCUCCCUCAGCCUCUCUUCCCAGCAGAGCUGCUGCAGCCUCUGGGCAUCCUCGCGGCCUCCCCACGUCCUUCUGGGGCUGGGGCCCUUCCUCUCCUCACUCCUGCAUUCAGCCCCUCUCUGCAGCACUCUUUGCUUUCCUCCUUUCCAGUUAAGGCAUGGGAUCUGUGCAAAGACUCGGCCAUGGAAUUCAUCGAGGCUUAUGUCAGCGGCACAGAAAAGGACAAGGAGGAGCAGAAGAUGCUGUUCCUCAGCAAAAUCUGCGCUCUGUGCAGAACUGUUGCAGAGAAGGGCUUGUCGCUGGACUUGCAUGCCUUCUGCUGCAAAAAUAAGCUGGUGGAGAACAUCAUGGCGCUGCUGGAAAAGGAGCCCAUGGACAGCUUGCACACAGAAUUUCGGCAGAAGGCCAUGGAGACUCUCACCGUCCUCAGCAACACCGUGCCGAGAGCACUGCAUGGCAAAAAGGAGAGUCUCCGGAAUGCGUGCUACAGGAGCGUGUUCUUUCUGCCUCCGGAGUCCAAUGUGCCAGAGACAGAAAGAGCACUCUACACCAAGACUAUGAAUGCCAUGGACCCCAUGCUGGCGGCCUUCGUAUGCAACUGUCCCCCCGCCAGCGUCAGCACAGAGUUGCAGAAUAUCUUGGAGGUGCUGCUGGACUUUGCUGGCUCCAAAAACUCAGCUGUGCGUGAGAGAGCUGUGACGAGGAUUGAGAGGCUGAGUGAUUUCAUCCUCUGGCAUUUUGUGGCCAAGAUCUCAGGCUACAAUGAAAAAUACACGGACAGCCACGAUGAUCCCAGAGAGCUCUACAUCCCCAUCCUGGGCCAGCUGCUGGGACACCUCUUCAUUGUCAGCUGUGGCACAGAUUCCAUCAGUUGCACAGCUUUGGAUGCUCUUUUUCGCUUCUACGAAAUCAUCUCAGAUGGAAGAGAAUGCUCACUGACAAAGGACAUGGAAAAUUAUGCAGAGAGACGAAAGAAGUUGAAGGAUACAGCAUUUCCAUUCACUGUAAUGUCCGCUCCCUGUGAUAUUGCCAAGGCAUUUGGAGGAUACCUCUUCCCUUCUGAGAGGCUGGACGUCAUCCUCACAGCCCUUGAAGCUUUACAAGACUCCAGCAUCCAUGACAAGCAGGGGGCCUGCAGCGUGCUGGAAGCAGCCUUGGAGGACCCUGACUACUGGCUGACAGAUGUGCCAAUAAUCAUGGAAUGCAUCAGGAAAAACCUGGACAGCAUCCACACGGCAUCAGCGCGGCGCUGCCUGGACUCCCUGCUUCUCCAGCUGACCAACCAGAUGUCCAGGGAAGAAGUCAAGAACCUGCUGCAGUUCCCUCCGCCAAGUAACAGCACUGCCCUGGGCAUGUGGGAGGUGGUCCUGGCCAUGCCGCAGACCUUGGAGAAGGUUUUAAACAUGCUGAUGGAAGACUUGCCACUGUGCAACUGGUGCACGGCAGUGACAGAAGACACCUGCAUCCGUCGCUUGGCUAUGCUGGCCCAGAAUCACAUUUCUGAAGAGGAGUUUGGUAACCCAGUGCACCUCCUGAGUUACCUGAAGCACCCAAGCCCAGCGAUGCGCUUGAUGGUUCUCAAAGGGCUCUCCACCAUGUCAGAGAGCCCUGAGAAGGCAAGAAAAAUUCAGGUCGUGCUGCCAGACAUCCUGGAGGCCCUGCAGGACACCAACACAGACGUCGUGCUGAAGGCCCUGCUUGUGCUGAGAAAUGUGAUGGCUCAUGUGGAGAGGAGAGAGGCCAGUCGCACGGCUCUGCAGCUGGCUGAGAAGCUCCUGCCACUCUUUGCCCAUGAGUCCAGCCAGGUGCGCGAGCACUCCAUCUGCCUCUUCCAAGCCGUGACAGAGGCUGUGCUGCGGCACAGGCAGAAGGAAAUGAAGAGGACAGUGCACAGCAGCCUUCUCCCGCUCUACUUUCGGAUGAGAGACCAGAGUGAGAGCGUAGCAAAGGCCUCUGGGGAAGCUCUCGUCGUCGCUGCAAAGUUUCUGCGACUCAAAGAGCUCAAGCACUUGGCCCAGACAGAACAGACCGGGAGGAUCGGGGAGUGCUUGCUGCAGCAGGGCAGAGACAGAGUAGACGAAUACCUGCAGCAGAGCCAGCCCUACCUGCAGGACUCUCAGACCGUCUUGCGACUUGAGGCCGUCAGGUUCAUUGGGCUUGCUGCGCGCUACUCCAAGGACCAGAGCGAGGAGAAGCUGAAUGAAAUCGUCAGCGUCCUCCGGUCUUCAGGGAAUGACCCAGAACCCAUGGUCAGUUGCCUGGCAGUUCAGACCAUCAUGAUCCUGGCGUCAAGGCGUAACAGAACGUCAGGACGGAGAUUUCGACUGCUGUGGUGCUGCUAGCCAUGCAGCACUCCUCAAAUCAUCAAUAUAUAUCUUAAUAG